AUGUCCAAAAUAAUAAACAGUAAUGGAAAUAAGGCGGGAAGUAUUUACAGGAUCGCUCUUGAAAACUUUGUGACAUAUAAACAAGUGGAAUUAUAUCCUGGAUCAUCACUUAAUGUUAUAAUCGGACCUAACGGAACAGGAAAGUCUACCUUUGUUUGUGCUAUUAUUUUGGGUUUGUGUGGAAAACCCAGUGUUAUUGGUCGGGCGAAAAAGUUAUCUGAGUAUGUUCGUGGAGGCUGUGAAGAGGCUACCAUAGAAAUAGAACUAUACCAACAACCUGGGAAACAAAAUGUUAUUAUUACUAGAAAUUUCAAUCUAAAAGAUACCUCCAUGUGGUAUAUCAAUCAUAAAACUGCAAGAGAGAACCAAGUUCAAGACCUUAUUACAUCACUUAGUAUACAGGUGGAUAACUUAUGUCAACUAUUACCUCAAGACAGAGUCCAGGAUUUUUCCAAAAUGAAUCCACAGCAACUACUUCGCAGUACAUUAUCUGCUGUUGGAGGGAAUGAAAGUGUAGACCAAUUAGAUGAACUAAUAGAAACAAGAAAUGAACAACGUAACCUUUCCACCACACAGGAGAAUAAUGCACAAUUGUUACAGGAACAGAUUCGAUUGAAUGAGAGAAUAAAAGUGAUAAUUGACACAUUAAAUCAAAGAAAAGAUAUUGAGAGACAUAUUGAAUUAUGCGAAAAAAAGAAACUUUGGAUUGAAUACCAUGAACUUAAAACAAAAGUAAAUGAAUACAGCCAAGAUAAGAAGGAGGCCGUAAAAUUGGUGGACACACAUACAAAAAAAAUGGCGCCAUUGGAGAAAGUUUUAGGAAAUGCAAAAAGCAAAAUUAGCACAUUGGAACAGCAGAAACUUAGUGCGGGAAGAGAAAUCCAUUCGUUAACAGACAAAGUAAAAGAGACAUUAAGCAGCGUUAAUUCGCUAGAAUAUGUCCUGAAAGAGAUAGACUCGGCCUUCCAAGAGAAGUUGGAACGGCAUCGAAAUAGAAAGAGAGAGUUGGCCGUGGCUAAAGUUAAGCUGGACAAACUGGUUGAUGAUAAAAGACUCGCUGCUGAACAUGUCGGAGAUGAAACAAGUAUAAAAAUGAAAUUGGCUGAAAUUCAUAAAUCUAUAGCGACAGCGAAUGCAACAAUUGAGACUUUAAAGAAGAAGAAAUUAGAAGUAGAGUUCGAUUAUGAAAAUAAUAUUGUACCCCAAAUGAGAUUGUAUCAGAACAGAAUAAAUAAUUUACAAGACGUAAAUAAGACCCGCCUAGAGAGUCUACGCGAAAGUGACCGAACCAAAGAUGCGUACAAGGCAGUCAUGUGGCUCAGAGCCAAUCGACAUUUAUUCAAGCACGGAGUCUAUGAACCUAUGAUGCUCGAGAUAAAUUUCACAGACCCAAAGUUCGCACGUUACCUAGAAGCGACGGUUGAUUCACGGGACCUCAUCGCAUUUACUUUCGAAUCCAGCCAAGAGAUGAAUUUGUUUAUGAGAAACAUGAGAGAGAUGAAUUUGAAGAUGGUGAACGCGGUAUGCAGCGAACCCGCUACCCUUAACUUGCAGAGGCAGGAUAUUUCCGCACUGAGCUACCUCGGCUUCUACACCUACAUGUUGGAUACAAUAUCAGCUCCAGACGCGAUUGUCCGUUAUUUGUGUAGAAAUUACUCGAUUCACAAAAUACCUAUUGGCGACGAGCACACUUUUAAUAAUAGCGGGAAUGUGCCCGCAAAUAUCACCUUUUAUUUUACAGAAAACCACAGAUUCUCAGUGCGCGUAUCGGAAUACAGUGGCGCAAAAUCCAGUUCUAUCACUGAAAUAAACCCACCUCGUCUACUCGCCAAAACUGUGGACGUCGAACAGAUUAAUAAAUUUAAGAAGCAGUUAGCAAACUUUGAAAAAACAGCAACUUCACAUAAAUCGAAGUUGCAGGAAUUUAACAACCAACUUUCGCCGCUAGAGGUCACUUUGAACAAUUUUAAUAUGGACAGGAAGAAUAUCAAUGAGAGCAUAGAAAAGAUACGAACACUAAGUGCACAAAUACGUUUACAAACGAAGAGAAUGGAGGAAAUACAAAAUGAAUCUUCCCUUAACAUAGAGUUGGAGAAAGAGAACUGUCAGAAGAGACAAAAGGAGAGUGUACUUAAGCAAUGUCAUCUUCACUCGCAAUUGAAAGACCUUUUAAAGGAAUUGCAGAAUAAGAUGCUAGAAAAGGAAUUGGUUGGGAUAAAACUGAACCUAAGCAGAAGUGCUAUAAUACAGCAUGAAUCGGAAUUGAGAGAACUGAAGAGUGAAUUACGAAAUGUUCAAGUAACUCUCGAAAACGUACAAAACUGCUUAACCUGUGCCGUCUCAAAAGCAAAAGAAAAACUAUCAGCAGCAAAACGUUCCUGCAAUAACAAACUACCCACAGACCCAGAUUUUCCUUAUAAAGACGAUUUUGAGAAACUACCCUCUGAUUUGACAGCUCUACAGGAACACUGCUUUGAUUUGCAGACACGGAUAGAUUGUAUGCAUACUAGUGAUGAACAGGUACUAAAAGAAUACAAAACACGGGAAAGGACUAUUGCAAAACUUCAGUCUGAUAUCACAAACUCAUCGGAUAAGAACAAACAGUUAGAAGACAAAAUGAAUAAACUCAAAUCAAAAUGGCUGCCGUCGUUGGAAACGUUGCUGCGUAACAUAGACCGUGCAUUUGGAUCGAUGUUCGCCAAAAUGGGAUGCGCCGGAGAAGUUAAAUUGGACAAAACUGGGGCUGAUGAAGACUACGACAAAUACGGUGUGGGUAUAUACAUUCGAUUCCGGGCGGAUGAACAAUUGCAGCAAUUAACACGUCACGCGCAGAGUGGUGGCGAAAGGGCCUUAUGUACUGCCUUGUACCUUAUGGCGCUGCAGGCUUUAACGACCGUGCCUUUUAGAUGUGUGGAUGAAAUAAAUCAAGGCAUGGACGCGAUAAAUGAGCGGAAAAUGUUCCAAUUGCUUGUCAAAGUCACCACGGAGUGCGAAAAUGGACAGUAUUUUCUUUUGACGCCUAAACUACUACCCCAACUGGAAUAUGGCGAAAACAUAAUGGUCCACACAAUUAUGAAUGGCAAAGAAUUAAUGAAUUAUAAAAAAUGGAAACACGAUAAACAUUUACAAAAGGCCCGAGCCUAUAGGCUAUCGCAGGCCACAAGCAGUAUGUAA